CCCCUCCGUUCCCGAUGGCCAUCAAGCGCGUCUUCCCCGGCGACCACCCCGACUUCAAGGUGGACACCAGCUGCGGCGCCCCGAGGUUCACCUUCUGCAACAGGGCGCGCUACUGCAGCUCCACCGACUACCAGGAGACGCGCGCGCUCGGCGUGGGCGCCUACGGCGGCGUCGUCGAGGCGCGCCACCUCACCAACGGCUGGACCGUCGCCGUCAAGAAGCCGCUCCCCUGCGCGCACGAGGGCGCCGGCAUCGCGUGCGGCUGCGCCGACGCCCGUACGCUGCGCGAGGCCGCGUUCCUCGCGGCGUGCCACCGCCACCGCGCCAUCGUCGAGCUCCGGGCGCUCUCGCUCGACCGCUGCGCCGGGAAGCUCUCCGUGGUCAUGGAGUGCGUCGGGCCCAGCCUGCACGAGGUCCUCCACGAGUCAGGGUGGACACGGUCCGGGCCGGUCCGGUCCCGGUCCGGGCCGUCGUUUGGACCGGCCGCCGGCGGUCCGGGCCGGACCGGACCGAGCUGCAUCACGGUCCUGAUUUUGGGGACCGGACCGGCGAUGAAGAAGCCCGGGCCGGACCGAGCGGACCGACCAACGGCCACCGGCGGUGACUUGCCCGGGUGCGGCGGCGAGUUGUGCGACGUGCGUGGUUGCUCUGGCGAGGUGGGUCACAUGCGCGACAGCCGGCCGCAAGGUGUGUGCUGGGCAGCGCGGCUGUUAUUCAUGAACCGCGAGCUCUAGCCAUUGUUGUUGCCAGCCAUGAACCUGCAACACUCACGCCAUGCACGCACGGGACGUGCUGAUCUAAACGGCAUGCACGCACCACGCAUGGGGGGUUCGCGAUCUAAUUAAACGGCAUGCCCGCACAGGACGUGCAACGGGGGUGCGGCUUUUCAGUUUUCGCUCUCUUUAUUCCUUGCGUAACAGCCGGGCCUGAUCUAAACGCGCGCAAUCCUCGCACAGGAUGUCCCCUAUUACAUAGUACAUGCAACUAGUGUAGCGCGUGCAUGAGCCCACAAUUUUGUCUCUGCGGGCCUUCCUUGAUUAGUGGAUCAAUUUGGACGUGAAGCUAGUCGUGGGAUAAUGCCAUGAUUAUCGGUUCGAACCCCGUCUCUUUCGUUCUUUCUUGUUUUCUGUUCGACAGAAUGAAAGGAAAGGAAAACUGAAUCGAGGAGGGGCGCGGCAGUGCCGGAGGGGACGCGGCAUCGCGGAUCUCACCAGCGCCACUGCAGGGCGUCGCCGGUGGCUGGGCGGAAGAAUCGCGUCGCCUUCGGUCCGACCGAGCCGGACCGAGCCAAGGCAGGACCGGACCGAUCAAUUUUCGGUCCCCUUUUCACGGACCGGACCGGUCAGUUUUUUUGUCGGUCCGGGCUAUUUCGGUCCGGUCCACUUCGGUCCACGAGCGGGCCCAAAAGACCGCUCGCCCCGUCCACCCUGAUCCACGAGCACCGCCGCGGCCGGCCCUUCCCCGAGGCCGACGUGCGCUGCAUCAUGGAGCAGCUCCUCGGCGCCGCCAAGCACAUGCACGGGCUCUGCAUCAGCCACUGCGACAUCAAGCCGAGGAACAUCCUCGUCGGCGCAGACGGCAUCAGCAGCGUCAAGAUCUGUGACCUAGGGCUCGCGGUGUCUAUGUCAGAACCUGCGCCGUAGGGCCAGCACGGCACACGCCGAUACAUGGCGCCGGAGAUGCUCCUUGGCAAAACCGACUACGACGCCACGGUUGACACGUGGUCCCUCGGCUGCGUCAUGGCCGAGCUCCUCUCCGGGAAGCCACUCUUCGACGGGGACGACGACGCCCAACAGCUCCUCGCCAUCUUCCGCGUUCUCGGCGUGCCAUUAUUCACGACCUGGCCAGCCUACGAGUCAUUGCCGCUCGCCGGGAAGCUGGUGACGCCGCCGCAUGUCAUUUCCCGCAACAAGCUCCGUCAGCACUUCCCAGAGGACCGCCUCUCCAAAGAAGGUUUCGAAGUCCUCAAGGGGCUCCUCUCGUGUAGCAUCGACAAGAGGUUGUCGGCCACCACCGCGCUCAGGCGACCAUGGUUCGCCAACGCCGUCGUCGAUCCUUUAGCCUGAUCUCUAACUGCUGGUACAAAG